AAUCACACAUCGCUCUCUCCCGUUAUCACCUUCUCUCUCUCUCUCUCUCUCUCUCUCUCUCUCUCUCUCUCUCCGAUUUGCAGCUUCGUUUUCCGGCUUCAUUUUCUGAUCGGCGAAAUGGCCAAAGGUCCAGGUCUUUACACCGAGAUCGGCAAGAAAGCCAGAGAUCUCUUGUAUAAGGAUUACCAGAGCGACCACAAGUUCACCGUCACUACCUACAGUCCCACUGGAGUGGCUAUCACUUGUUCAGGAACAAAAAAGGGUGAGCUGUUACUGGCUGAUGUUACUACUCAGUUGAAGAACAAAAAUAUCACUACCGAUGUCAAAGUUGACACUGACUCCAAUCUUCUCACCACUGUGACCAUUGAUCAACCUGCUCCUGGCCUUAAGGCAAUUCUCAGCUUCAAACUUCCUGAUCAGAGGUCAGGCAAGGUGGAACUCCAGUACUUGCAUGACUAUGCAGGGAUAAGCACCAGUGUUGGAUUGACGGCCAACCCUGUUGUCAACUUCUCUGGUGUUCUAGGGACUAACCUUCUCGCUCUUGGUACUGAUGUGUCAUUUGAUACCAAAACUGGGAAUUUCACCAAAUGCAAUGCUGGUUUGAGCUUCUCCAAUGCAGAUCUCAUUGCGUCAUUGAACCUGAACGAGAAAGGUGAUAUGGUGAGUGCAUCUUACUAUCACAGUGUCUAUCCCGAACAAAACACUGCUCUAGGAGCUGAGGUUACCCACAGAUUUGCCAACAGUGAGAAUACCAUCACUCUUGGUGCUCAGCAUGCCCUGGAUCCUUUGACCACUGUCAAGGGACGUGUGAACAACUUUGGCAAGGCCAAUGCUCUCAUCCAGCAUGAGUGGCGCCCAAAAUCAUUUUUUACCGUUUCUGGAGAGGUAGAUACCAGAGCCAUUGAGAAGAGCGCCAAGAUUGGAUUGGCUCUGGCUCUGAAGCCAUGAGAAGUAGCUUAUUGCUGACCGAGGGAGGGAGAGCAUUGAGAUAGUGCUAGUGUAGGUCGUCUCUCCUCUCCUGUGUCCUUUGCUCGAGCAAGUCAACAUGUUAGGGAGUCGUACUGUUUUUUGGUUGUAAAAAUAAAGAUUUUUCAUGUUGUUUUGGUACUUUUUUUUUCUUCAUCGUUGUUAACAGAGGAUGGUCAAGUAAUCGGGAAAUUUAGACUUGUUGCCUAUUUGGUUUGGUUUCUUCCCUCCCACAUUGAUAACCGUAAUGAAUUAGUUUGGUUUUAUUGA